ACGUCUUUUUCUUAAAGACAAUCUUUGGUAACGGAAGUGAGUGUCGGUGUCCUAGCAACAGGCAACGUUGGGCCACCUGAACGCUGAAGUGUCGAAGAACGUUAAUUUAGUUUUACAUAAGUUACCUUUAAUGUAACUAUUCGUACAACUACACCACCUGAAGUUACGUUACUGCAUAUGGUUAAGGAUGGAUUUUCGGCCACAUACACCGGGAAAGUAAUUCGUGUUUAUAUUCUUUUUCUGGUGGGGGCAAAGACAGGGGCGAAGAUGGUGAUUGAAAAGCUCAGUUUAACUUGUGAUGGACUUCUGUCACACCGACAACUUGCGUGUUGUCCCUCUUAUUGUGGCAUACCGCUGCAUGGCAAGGACAUGCUGGUUUACGGUAACGUGGACGCAGUGCAGAAGCCGCUGUUGCUAACUGGCCACCAUGGCGAGGUCAGUGCAAUGACCUUUGGAAAUCUAAGCAGUCCAGUUCUUCUCUGCUCUGCCUCUGCUGACUACGUCAUCGUCUGGGAUAUUGAAUUGUGCAAGAAGAGAACACAGGCGGGCAGAGUUGCAGUUGGAACAGUUGUCGGGACUUUACUGGGUGAAGUGGUCCAUCUUUCAUUCUGUUUCUCUGAUGAGCGAGUGGCAGCAUGCUCAGGAGCAACUGUAUAUAUUCUCACUUCAAAGAGACAGGAGGUGGUAUCCACUUUGACUUGCCACUCCGCCCCAUUGACAUCGGCAGAGUUCUGUCCCUGGAAUAAAGACAUUCUUGUCACCACAUCAGAGGACCGCACUUUUAAAGUGUGGGAUUUAAAAACGGAAACUGUUUGCUACCAGUCUUUUGUGCUUUCAGCCUCUCCACUGCUCAGUGUGCUCCUAUUAGAGGAGAACAAGCACAUUGUCACUGGUUCAACUGAUGGUCAGCUGUGGUGCUUCUCUCUCCCGGAUGACCACAAGUGUCACCUGGUGACAAAAAUGGACCUCGAAAUGAUGGAAAAAAGGCAUCAAAUGCAACAAGGGACUGUGAGCGAUCAAACAGGGGUGGCAGAACAAUCGGCUCCAGAUAAAGUGAAAACCUCAAAAGCUGUUCUCAGAAUGGCUUUCUGUAACUCACUGACUGACACCAGUAGAGGGCAUACAAAGGAGAACAGCUGGCUGUGUAUUGGAAGCACCGAUGGUCUGUAUGUGGUUGAUCUGGCUACUUCAGAACUUCUAACAGCACUAUACUUCGAAGACUACCCCAAUCUGAGCGUCACAAUGGCUGGCUCCUGGUCCAUCUCUCCAGGCUGGGAUAACUCUAUGCUGCUCUUAGUGAGCUCUUUGUUAACUCCACGUGUGACCCUGUUGGAGUUGUGUCUCUGUGACCUAAGGAGGACGUUGGCUUGUGGUGAAGGCUUUCUGGUUUUCCCCAGUUCUCCUCCACUGCCUGAAUCUCCUCUGAAUGCAGAGUUACAGAAGAAGGAGCCUAAACAUCCUAAAAAGAAAGGAGGAAUAAAGGAGCAGCCUCUGGUUUUCCACUCAAACGUGAAGUCAUCUGGAUACACCAGUGCCCCGAGAAAUAUUAUGUUUUCACCUAAAACAAAUAACCAGAAGAAUUCUUCCUCUCAAAAGGCUAAGAAAAAUAAAGGUUUGCUCCUCAGAGAUUAUCCAGCAGACAUUGCAGCACCUUCUAUUCCCUGCGUUCAUCUAAGCAUUACCAAUAAGCCAGUCCACUGCCUUCAGUAUUCAGGUGACGGAAAACAAAUACUGUGUGGUCUUGGCGACAGCUCAGUGUUAUUGUACAAGACCUCCCUGGCUGGCAACCCAACUGUCUACACAGGGCAUGACAAGCCAGUGAGCAGCGUGAGCUGGAGCCUCAACAGACAGUUGUGGUUGAGUGCGUCAGAGGACCAGUCUCUGCGAAUCUGGACCCAUGGUAGCCCGAAGCCAGCAAUUACCAUGGGCGACAGUAUGUUCUUCAAACCCAUUAGAGGUGCUCAGUUUUAUUACCUCGACAAAUUUCUGCUUCUGGCAUCUGGACACUCCCUGUACUUGUACCUGUACAAUGUGGACACCACACGAGACAACAUAAAAAGUUAUCAGCAACGGAGCGUCGUCAAAUUGACAAGAAGCUUUACGACGACAUCAGCAACAGACAUCACUACCUUGUCUGCAAUCAACGAUUUCUUCUCUUACAUUGUUCUGGUGUGUGGUUCGGAUCGAUCUCUUCAAGUAUUUGACAUGAACAAAGGUAUAGUCGCCGCAACGCUCCCGGAUGCCCACAGCAGAGCCGUCCACUGCAUUACACAGAACAAGGGCUCCAUGUUCAGUACACAGGCGCCAGAUUCAUACAACCUCUUCCUCACCAGUGCAGUCACGGAUGGUGUGAAGAUGUGGGACCUACGAACAAUGAGGUGUGUACGGCGUUAUGAGAACCAUGUAAAUCGCUGCCAUCCGUGCUCUUCAGCCGUAUCACCGUGUGGCCGGCUCAUCGCCUCAGGCUCUGAGGAUAACUGUGCAUACAUUUAUGACAUACGCAGCAGCAGCUACCUCCACAGACUUCAAAAACACUCAGACACAGUGCUUAGUGUGACUUUCAAUCCUGCCAUGCCAGAGCUGCUGACUGGGACCCUGGAUGGGAAGCUGAGACUGUUUCAGUCAAGCAGUGGGGCCCUUCUGUCUCAUGACACCAGCGCUGCUGUGCACAGUGUCCCCAACAUGACUGUGUAAUUACAGCCGGCUGCUGCAAAGACCAUGCAGUUUCAUUAAGGCAGAUCCCCCCCCCAUUUUUUUUUGUUAUAUGUUGUGUAACUUCUCUGCUUAAUUGCGGUUUAUCUUUGUAAAACAUCCGUCAUGUGCAUCAUUAGAUCUCUUUUGGCCGGGAUUUAAAGGGCCAUCAGUAGUGUCUUUCAUUAGAUUAAUCUAACUACAUUAUUGUCAUGAGAUGAUGAUGGAGAUAUGUUCUCAAUUACAGAUAAUUACAGCUACCUUUGCCAAAAAAAAAUGGAAUCAGUAGUUAUUCCCAUCUGUUUGUCCACAUUCUGGAUGGUGGAGCAUCAGAUUUUCUUUCCUCAGUAUGUGGAACAGAUGUAGACUUAUAUCAUAUGGCUGCGACGACUACUUCACAGAUCAGCACACAGUAUGACAUCAACUGGGUGCAACACAUUUGGCUGCAGACACACACAACUACUGUUCAUACCGACACACCCGUCCGCAAUGUUUAGGUUGUGCAUAUACUCUUCACGCCCACAGUCACAACAAAAUGUUACUACGACUGACAUCAACUGUGCAGCUGUAAUAGAACAGAAUAAGAAAGUAGGACUCUGACACUGUAAAAUGCACAAUUACAAGGGCAGCAUAAGUAACUUUGUACAUCAAAUUACACGUUUGUCUUAGGUUCUGCUUAACAACCAUUUCCGUUUUAUGUUUCUAUUUAUGAUCUCCAUGUGAUUUAUUCUUGUUGUUACUAGUUACAUGAUACUAUUAUAUAUGCUACUAUGUAUCGUAGUGAUGUGAUACUGUGCUAUCAUUGCUUCUCUAACAUUCUGCAAACAGGGUUGUCAGCUAACAAACAAUAAAACGUCUCGAUAUGAGGGAGAACCUCAACUCCAACGCUGAGUUGCUGGUUUUAGUUUCAAAACAAUAUUUUUCCACACAAUGUCUUCUUCAAUAGUUUCUAUACUAUUUAGUAUUAUUUUAUACUUGUGCAAUGCCUGGUCCAAACAUGCCUGCUCAGAACGGGCCCAACGCUGUGCAUGUGAUGACACAAUCAACUUCACACUCAACACUGCACUUCCUUUGGUCCUGACAGCAAACCUGCCAUAGUAGCAUCAGAAACCAGAGCCAACAUUCUGGCUCAUGAGGAAAAGAUUGCUGGAAUUCAAGGUAAGCAACAUAGGCCCGGGACCCCAGAUGGAAAGGGCUCUGAACAGCUGUAGAUUUAUUAUAAUGAUAGCACAGGAACAUUAUUGCAUUGUGACUAUUUUAACCAAUCGUACCCAAAAAUCCCCCCAAAGUACUUAGAAUGCUGCCUGCUGCGUACUUCUAUAAUGUGUUAUUGUUCGUUAAACUAGCCAUUGUUAUAUAAGAAUUGCAAAAGCUCCACUUUGUAAGUGCAGUGGGCAAAAAAAGUGAGAAAACGGCCCUUGAUCGCAUUGAUCUAAUAGCACGGUGAACAUUGUAAAUGUGUGUUGAUGGUAUCAAUCGCUAGCUUUAGGUGUUCUUUAGCACAGCAAGUUGGGUUGUUGUUCAUUUGUAAAUCAUGGUCCCAUUUAAGUAAAAUGGGUUACAUGUUCGUAAGAUAGACAGUAUGACUCAUUCGGGUCAGCUUAAAAGGUCUUAUUAGGCGUUUGGUUGUAGCUUAGAUCUCGUCUCUUGUCUCUUCUGCUUGCCAAAAAAACGUUUUGGGAUUAGGGCACGUUUUUUUUACAAACAAAAAAUAACUUUUUCCCACUACGCUGCCAUUAUUGCAUUUCUAACCCACAGCUGUCUCAUAUGAGGGUAAUGGAAAACUUAACAUAUCUGCAAAGGAAUGAAAUUUUAAGCUCAUUCAUACCACGUCCAUUACGGAAAGAUGUUGUAUUUGACGCAUUAUCUGACGCUGAUGUUCACGAUAGAAUGAAAUAUCCACUAAUAGGCUGCGUUUCCUCCCUCAGACAUUUUCAGAAGACCACUUUUUUGUUCCCUGUCCAAUAUGUCCGUGUUUGACUGUCCCUUUGGACGGUGUACUUUGAUUAAAUCCAAGGCAAACUCUG